AUCCCUCCCUCGGCGGGGGCCGCCCCGGCGCGUGUCAGUGCUCCCCGCCCGCCCGCAAAUCCCGGGGCAGGGAGAACCCUUCAUAAGGCGGCACGGCGGCGGCAGCGCGUCCAGGCCAGCCCGGACCAGCCCAGCUCGCUCCGCUCCCCUCCUGGCCCGGCGCGAUGGAGACGGGAGGGUGCCGCAUGGGCACCGCGGAGCCGGGCGCCCCAGCGAUGAUCACGCUGGAGGACCUGGACGGGAUGGCGGAGGAGAGCGCCGACUCGGCGUACCACAGCAACGGCAGCAGCCCGGACGAGGAGGCGGCAGAGCGCAUGGAGGACGAGGAGCAGGAGCGGCUGCUGAGCUACUGGCAGAGCGUGGGCAGGGGGCACCAGGUGGACGUGCCCCGCGAAAUGGCAGAGCCAAUUCAGCAGCUGACUAGAAAUAACAAUCCCCAGGAGAGACAGACUAUCCCAUUUACUCUGAUCCAGCGCAAAGAAAAGCUUGGAGAUCUGCUUUAUGAAAAACGUCAGUAUGGAAAAGCCAAAUGGGCUUGUAUAAAAAUGAAAGAGAAACAGUAUGAACAGAGCAUAUGCCUUGGAUUCAUGAAGCUGAUGAGAUACAUUUGUGAGCAGAACUCUUCAGGACUGUACUUGGGGAUAACAAUACCCAUUGUGACCAUAGUUCAUACAAACGAAUCUCAAUCUGAGAUGAGACAGUCAGUGACAGUAGCAUACUACCUGCCCGAACUGCUGCAGGAUGAGCCACCUCAUCCUUUUGACUCUGACAUAAUCAUUGAAGAAUGGCCUUCUACUAUCGUUUAUAGUAGGAGCUUCAGAGGAAUCACCAAUGAAGACUCUAUAAUGAGAGAAAUAAACCUGUUGGCGGAAAUUCUGGAGAGCCCCGAGUUAUGCUUGCAAGAUACAUUCAUCAUUGCAGGAUACACAAAUCCAGCUGCUGCCAAUCGGCACAAUGAGAUAUGGUUCCUUCAGAGACCAUAGCCUCCCAUUCCUAAUGCUUGUCAGUCACAAGAUUCAACUCCGAUUUACUGGCAGAAUCUUACAGGUGAAUUACAGGAGACUAAAUAUCAAACCCUCAAAGAUUUUACAAUGUGUUUUUUAGCCAGGUUAGCAAGGUAAUCACUCCAACCUGAUAAUUCAACAGAGGUAAACACCCAAAACACACACACUUUCCCAUGUCUGCUUUUACAGUUUUUACACUAUUUUUAUGGAGAUCCGUAGCACUUUAGAAGCUAGUUCACCUUAUUGUUUUUUGGUUUUUUUUUUUUUACAAGAUAAGGGAGGCAGAGACCUCUCUCCUUAUCAAUUUCUAGUAUCCCUAGACUGCCUGGGGCUUGGGACAGCCCUCGGGAGCCCUUGGCCUGCUGUGGGCACCUGGUACUGCAUCAGCUGCACAGAGACCCUGCUGGGGCUGCUCAUGGGACACAUGAAAGCCAAGUCGUAUGUGUAGGCUCUGCUUUGGAAAAAGAGCAUUCAGGUCUUCAUUUCAGAAGAGAACUACCAGGUUUAGACCACUGGGAUUAAACCAAGGACUAAGAGUAGGCCAGUACUGACUGCUCUGAAUGUCUUCAUCUGUGAAGCAGAUAUUCUUAAUGCUUACCUCAAAAAGCAUUCAACCAAAGUACUUUUAAUCUUGAGAUGAGACUGAGGUAGCAGAAUAGCCCUAAUGCUCAUUAAAGAUUUGAUAGCAAAGGUUACAGGCUACCUUAAUCACACACUCAGAGUAAUCUCACUACUGUAUCUGGCAUUCUUAAAUAGAAAGUGGCUAUUCCUAUCA